AAGCAUGUGGGUUAUACUAAAAUUUGCAGCAGCUGCAGCGCUUUGUUUAUUGCUGCACUUGCAGCUGAUCGCAGCGCGUUGCAACAAGCCCGACGAUCUGCCCAAUGGCUCCAUAUUGACGCGACGCAAUUAUUUGAGAUUUCGCUGCGAUCGCUUCUAUACACUGCAGGGCUCACAAUUUCUAAGCUGCGCUGCCAAUGGACGAGUCACGGGCGAGCGACCCGUGUGUGCGCGCGGCGGCUGUGAAGAGCCUGUGGAUCCGCAGAAUGGCACUGUGGUGCUGUUUCGCAACUUUAAGGCUGUGCUGCUUUGCCAGGACGAGUAUGUGGUCGCCGGCAGCGCCGUGGCCUACUGCAAUGGCGAGAACUGGGAUCGCUUCUUAGGCAGCUGUCGGCAUCGCAAUCACACGCAGACGCAUGCCUGCGAUUUUGAAAGCGAAGAUCUGUGCGGCUGGGUCACACAAAUGACAUUGUUUCAGCCCUGGCGACGCGUUGCCACCGUCAAUCACUUUCAUACAUUCCAAACGGGUCCGCGACAUGAUCACACGCUGCUCAGUCGCCUUGGCGGACAUUAUAUGUUGAUGGAGACGAACAGCUUAAGCACAAGUGUCUAUCACUUGAUGUCGCCCACUUAUCCGCGUGAGCUGAGCUUGAAGACAGCCUGCUGCUUUCGCUUCCACUACUUCAUGUAUGGCAAUGGCGUGGGCACGCUGGUGGUGUCAGUGAAGCCGCAUAGCAUGCCACUGGAUCGCAUGUGGCAGCAAUAUCAGAAUACUACUUUGAAGUUCUCAGAGAGCGGCAAUCGCGGCAAUCGCUGGCUGGAGCAUACGAUUUCCAUAGAUGAGAUGCCGGAGGAUUUUGAAAUUGUUUUCAGCGCUUUGAAUGCAACGAAUCAUUUGGGCGACAUUGCCAUCGAUGAUGUGGAGCUGCUAACGGGUGAGGCGUGCGGCGGUGGCGAGCUCACAACCACCACAGAGGACACCAAAGAGACCAUGGAGCCGGCAGUGUUCGACAUUAUGUCUUGCAGUCAGCGCUGUGGCCAGGAAGCGCCAUUGAACGUUCAGAUUAUGGGGUUUGUGUUCAAAGGCUGCGGCUGUGAUGAUGCGUGCGUGGAUCGUGAGGAUUGUUGUCCCGACUUUAAUGUUUGCAUUUCCAAGCGGGAGGAGUCUACAGUGGAGCUGCCUACAACAACAACAACAACAACAGCAGCGACUACGACAAUGUCCACAACUAAAAGAACAACAACAACAACAGCAGCAACUACAAGCACUACAAAGCGCAGGCCAACAACAACAACAACGACGACGACAACAACUGUUAAGCCAACAACAAAAUCAACAACACGUCGCAGCACAACAACAACUAAGCGCACAACAACAACCACUAAGCGCACAACAACAACAGCCAGAACAACAACAACUAAGAAGCCAACAACUACAACAAAAAGAGCUGCGCUAACAACAACAACCAAAAGAGCGCCUAAUACAACAACAGCAACUUCAACAACAACUUCUACAACAACUUCCACAACUGUUCCAAAGCCCACCCAGCAGCCGCGCAUUGCUUGGUCCGUCAGCUACUUGGAUCUGCAGGAUGACAACGAUCGCAACUCCUCGGGCAAUUCCGUACGCUUCAUGUGGUAUCUGCUCUUUGCCAUUAUGUUGACCAUCGUGCUGGCCAGCGUCGCAUAUCGCUGGCAGAACGCCCGGCGUGUCACCAUGGACAAGGUCGUCAGUUUUAAGACGAACAUAGCCAAGCUAACCAAAGCAACAUUUGAGCGCAAGCCACGCUACAAGGCUGACUCUGAGGCAACUGCAGCGCUCUGCGACUCCGAUGUGACUGCCGAUGAGGAUAGUGUGCAGUUCGAGGAAUUGGGCGUCGAUAUACGCAAUGUAACUGAGCUAUGAGCAGUCCAAAUCAAAUGGAUAAGUGCUUAGGCACUGCUGUUAAUAUUUCUAUGCAUAAGCGCUAACGACAAUUAAAAUGCUCUAUUAAAGUUGAUUGAUU